GGCCUGGGUGGGGAGAGCGAGCAGGGUGCCCCCUGAAUCCUCCACCACCAGCACCCCAUGAGCCGACCCUCGUCCCCAUGGAGCCCGGCAAUUAUGCCACCUUGGACGGGGCCAAGGAUAUCGAAGGCUUGCUGGGAGCUGGAGGGAGUCGGAAUCUAGUCGCCCACUCCCCACUGGCCAGCCACCCAGCGGCCGCGCCUACGCUGAUGCCCGCUGUCAACUACGCCCCCCUGGAUCUGCCAGGCUCUGCAGAACCGCCAAAGCAGUGCCACCCAUGCUCCGGGGUGCCCCAGGGAGCGUCCGCAGCUCCGGUGCCUUACGGCUACUUUGGAGGCGGGUACUACUCCUGCCGAGUGUCCCGGAGCUCGCUGAAACCCUGUGCCCAGGCGGCCACCCUAGCCGCCUACCCCGCCGAGGCUCCCUCUGCCGGGGAGGAGUACCCCAGCCGCCCCACCGAAUUUGCCUUCUAUCCCGGGUACCCGGGACCCUAUCAGCCUAUGGCCAGUUACCUGGAUGUGUCAGUGGUGCAGACUCUGGGAGCCACCGGUGAGCCUCGCCACGACACUCUGCUGCCUGUGGACAGUUACCAGCCCUGGGCCCUCACCGGUGGCUGGAACAGCCAGAUGUGUUGCCAGGGAGAACAGAACCCACCAGGUCCCUUCUGGAAGGCUGCAUUUGCAGAUUCAAGCACGCAGCACCCUCCAGACAGCUGCGCCUUCCGCCGAGGCCGCAAGAAGCGCAUUCCCUACAGCAAGGGACAGUUGCGCGAGCUGGAGCGUGAAUAUUCGGCUAACAAGUUCAUCACCAAGGACAAGAGGCGCAAGAUCUCUGCAGCCACCAGUCUCUCAGAGCGCCAGAUCACCAUCUGGUUUCAGAACCGCCGAGUCAAGGAGAAGAAGGUGCUUGCCAAGGUCAAGACCAGCGUUACUCCGUGAGGGAGCUCCCUGGCUGGGGAGGGUGGGGAGAAGAGGGGGUGUACUGGGGAAACCAAGAGCCUGACAAGGCCAGGCUGGGAGCCAGAACUCUGCUGAGGGGCCCCCGCCCCAGGUGACAUUCUCUCCAGGCCAUAGCUCCUGGGCUGUUCCUCAGGGAGGCCUGGGUACCCACUAUGUCCCAGAGAGCUAGUGAGGCCCUGAGUUACAGCCCAGUUCACCAGAGUAACACCAUCCAAAGGACCUGUCCCAGUCAUAAUUCUUCAUCCUGGCCAUGGCCACAAUCACCAUAACCAGUACUAGUAGCCAUGAUGAUUAGUCUCGUAUUUUCUAUCUAGAUUCUGUAGAGCACUUUAGAAACCAUUUCCAUGCAUUGAGCUGAUCAUGAAUAAACCUGGAAGGAGACCGGUAGCAGGGCAGCUUCCUCUGCACCACUUUCAUGCACCGCUUUCCAUCCCCCAUUCCAGGGACUGCCGGAGAGGAGCAAGGCAGUACUGGGCCCACUUUGCCUACUUAGCAUUUUUCUAAGAUGGCAGGGGGCAUGAGGAGAAUGCUGGAUGGUGACCCUUCCUCUCUUCCUGCCCACCUCCUAGCUUGUACCCGCUGGCCCUGGAAGUCUCCACUCCCCAACUCUUAGAUUUUGUUCUUGUGUGAAAAUGAAGUCCAGCGCUGCCCUCCCAGGUCUGUCCUUCCUUCCAAAGAAAUGGAGUUUGAGAAAGUGCAUGGAUAAGUCACCAUUUCUCACUUCCUCCUCAAAACUUUCCAGGAGUUCUCUUAAGUUUUCUUGGUGGUUCUGUUCUAAGCAGGACAUGGAUCAUUGGGCAUUUGGGAGCUGCAUAAAAUAGGUAGUUUAGGCGUUGUAGACGCGGCCCCUCCCAGACACAAAUGGUUACAGAACGAGUGUAGUUUCCUAUCCUACGAGCAGGCGCUGUCUCAGACAUGCUGGUAUUGUGGGGCAGGAGAGAAAAUGGCCCCCUCACCACCCGUGUAUCCUCUACUUGCCUCCUCUUGACACCCAGAAGAACAGUUGGGUCUCAGGCCUGGGAGAUGGUGGCAGGCCCUUUUCCGGAUGAAAGAACAGCGUGUGGCGGAAGCCCAAAGACCCAGACUCAGGGUGGGAAACCCCAGACGUCCUAGACGAUCAUAGCUACAGAUUUCGUUUCCUUUUCAUUUUGCGCUGGUUCAUUCCACCUAUCCUGAAUUCUUGGGCCGGAGGACAGGUUAGCACCAACUCUGAUCUCCCCGUCCACGUAGACCGAGAUCCAUAGCGCGGAACUGCAGAAACCUGGACAGACUGACUGCAGGCAGUGCCGCAGAGCCAGAGACCCUCACACAGAGUCUUCACCUCCGUGCUGGUUCCCUGAGGUCCUGUACCUGGGCCCAGUGCGCGGUGGGAUUCGCCACCUCGGUGGCGCCAAAGAGCCAGCGGAUUUGGGCUGGGUCUUCCUGCAGCCUGGGCUCGGGGAUCUCUCCAAACACGUUCCCUGCUAUCCAGCGCACAGGCUACGAGUGGAGAGGACCCGCCGACCCGCGUUCUGAGAUGCCACCCGGAGGGCGUCGAGCAGCCGGUGGAGGACCACAGUCUCGACGGCAGCUUGGAGCUGACUCAGGCUCGUUGUUCUCCAGGAAACCCUGUGUACAGCUGGCGGUCAGGUGGAAUCCUGGUCCUGGCUCCUGUCCUGGGAGUGAGUUGGGAAGUGACUCAGAUGCUUCUAAAUCUAUGUACCAAAGAGGAGCCCAGGGCUGGGGGUGGCCACCCUCCCACCUUGGGUCUCCUUGGAGUUGUGUGCUUGGUGGUAGUGGUGGGGGCAAGGUCGUGAUUUAAGAAAACCUACCAAGCCCCGUGGUCCAGUUUAAGCUCCUCGGUGGUGCGCCCCGCUAAGAGGUUACUUUCUGCCUUCCACGCUCUCCCUCAAGCGAAGUCCCACGCGACUAGCUUUUGAUCCCCCAGCUUUUCCGUGGUAGUGAGAGCAACCUCCUCCCUCGCCGCUUCAGAAAUGACGGGACUUCAGCGCGGAUCGGCAUGUGGAUAGGUAGUGGAGCAAAUGAGGGGGAGCACCACGGUGGGGGGACCCCAUCUGAGGAGAGGAAAGGCCACAAGAAGGGCUGCCGCUUGAACUAACCGAGGUGGCCUAAAGGCCUGAAGGAGUCACGGACCUCGAGACUCUGGACUCCCAGGGCUCUAACUCCUCUACGCGGCGAUCAGGGACUUAAAGUUUCGG